GAGUAGGUUAUUUUAGAAGGUUAGUUUGGGCAACUUUUACACGCAAGAUAGUGACACUGAUGGUAAUACCCAUUGCAUGAAAUGUGUCACUGAUGAAACAGUCGGAUAAAAAUGGAUCUUAUAACAACAAUACUGAUUACUGGACUUCUGUGUUUGAUUAUUUGGAAAGUUGUCAUUAGUCUGUUUAAAUAUAUACAGUUACUCAACACGCUUCGGAGAAUUCCCCAAAAGCCAUCACAUUGGCUGUUUGGCCAUGGCAAAGAGGUAACGGAUUCUAAAACCUACAGCGAUUAUAUAAUGGACUGUAUGAGAGGGGGUGCGAGGAUGUAUUGUAUUUGGAACGGCCCAUUUCCAGUUCUAGGGGUGUGUCAUCCUGAAACUUUUCAACAACUAAACAAACAAGUAUCAGAUAAAGCACGUGGCUUCCCUGAUGGGUACAGGCUAUUGGAAAGAUGGCUAGGUGAAGGCUUGUUAAUAAGUGAUGGAAAGAAAUGGGAAAGAAAUAGACGCUUACUUACCCCUGCGUUCCAUUUUAAUAUUCUGACCGGGUAUAUUGACGUCAUGAAUGACGUCACCGACUUAUUUCUGGACAAGUUAGAUGAGGCGUCACAGAAGAGCGAAUCCCUGGACGUAUAUCCAUAUGUCUGUAGAGCAACACUAGAUUCAAUGUUGAGAUGUUCCCUCUCUUACGAAGGCAGUAUGUUAGAGUCUAAGGAACACAGUUACAUCCAAGCAGUACAGCGAAUACCCGCGCUGAUGUGGAAACGCCUGGUGCAACCAUUUUUCCUGUUUGACCUUCCCUUCAAUUUGACACGUUUCGGACAAGAACAUAAUCAAUUGAUAGAUGUUGCACGAAAAUUUACUGGAGAUAUAAUAGAAGCUAGGAAGAAAUAUUUGAAAGAACAUCCGGAUUUAACUAAACAGAAAAGACGCCUUGACUUCCUUGAUAUACUGCUGACAGCAAAAGAUGAAAAAGGUCAAGGUUUAUCACAACAGGAAAUUCAAGAUGAAGUUGAUACGUUUACAUUUGAAGGCCACGAUACAACUGCUUCGGCCAUAGGCUGGGCAAUCUAUGCACUGAGUCAAAACCUCAAAAUACAAGAAAAGGUUUACGAAGAUGUACAGACAAAUUGGAAGAAUUGUCUUUCCCAGUUUAAAUAUUUGCCGCUCUUCAUCAAGGAGGUGAUGAGGUUUUACACUCCUGUUCCAAUGCUUGGUAGGAAGCAUUCCAAACCUAUUACAAUAGAUGGUAUCGAAAUCCCACCUGGACCGAGAUUUGAUAUAUUCAUUUAUGCUAUACACCAUAAUCCUCAAGUUUGGAAAAAUCCUGAGGAGUUCGAUCCGGGCAGAUUUGACGUUGAACAUCGUGACGAAACAGAUAUAUAUGGAUUUAUUCCAUUUUCAGCUGGGUCCAGAAAUUGCAUCGGACAGGUUUUCGCCAUGAACGAAAUCAAGAUAACGCUUGCAAAGUUUGUAAAAAGAUUUGAGGUAUUACCAGUGAAGGGUCACAAACCUCAGAUGCAAGCAGAUGCUGUCAUGAGAUCAUUAAAUGGAUUACCCGUGCAGCUUAGGCGUAGGAAACUUGAAGGCAGCACACAGUUAUCAUCAUGUUGAAGCAACUUGUUUACAGUUGAAAUGAAAAUAAUAUCUUUAUAAAUCAAUAUGAAAUUUUAGUUUGAAAUAAAUGUACACAUUACAGUGACAAGUGUAACGUGACAAGUAACAAAUGAAGUAACAACUUUUGUUGAGGUACAUGUAUUUUCAGUCUGUGAUGGUAAAAUGUUGAUACUUGACGUAAUUUUAAAAUCUUACAUGGAGUUUGCGUCUUUUGGACUGAAACAUUAUUUGCCCUGAUCAUUCCAAUGCGGCGUCCUUCUGUUUGAAUUAAUCUCUGUUUUUUCAUUGUUUUAUAAUUGGUAAACUUCGUAUAUGUGUUUUCGAGUGUCUGUCAUUUAUGAAACUAUAACUGCCUACUGUCGUAUGGUUUCCUUUUGGGAUGGCUGCCUCCUUGGAGCGUGAAUGUUCCUUUUUUCAUCUUUUUACUUUUUAAACUUGCAUUUUGAAAUAGAAAGAAAAUAACAGAUUCCUAAGGAAUGCCGCAAACAAUAAGUUUGUCUAUCCGAGGAAGACGACUCCACUUUACCCACACCCUAACACUCGAAAUAAUUAAAUUUCCAUGUAAUAGCACAGAACAAUAUGCAUUUCCUGACAAAACAAACACAAAUUAUCACAGCACAACACAUAAAAACAAAACAAAAUACCUGCUGGAAUUACCAUUAGAAACUGACCGUAGCAUGAGACUAACUUCAAAUCCUAACCAGCAUAAACUCCAACUCAUUGACUACCUUAGGCGAAAGUAACGUUUCUGUUUCAAAUAUGUGAUACAUAUUAUAACAACCAGUGGUAAUACAAAUGUACUGUCAAAGCUGAUUCUAGCGAUGUGCUGUCAAGUUCAUUUAAAAGCACGUAAUUGUAAAUAGGGAAAAUAAUAUGUACCGAUGGCGUUUCUGCCACUGACAUUUCCAAGGCGGCGUCCAAGUACUUUCCUUCAUUUGUUUGUUUCAACUUCGUUUUUAUAUAUUAUUUUGCAUGAUAAACAUAUACACAAAAAUACAUACACUGCU